AUGACAACGAUUUCUGAUUUCUUUGGAUCGGAGCCGUCCACUUCGGUUGUUUUGGGCGCAGGCACCGCCCUGUUCUUGGUUUGCUGCUAUGUCUACGACCUGUUCUAUGGUACCAACAAGAAGAAGUUUUGGAGGACAGUUCCUGGGAGGGUUCCUUUCAUUGGCCACAUGCACCUUCUUGGCUUGGACCUGGGAAAGAUCCUUCCCAAGCUUUACGAAUGGGCAGACAAGUAUGGUCAGGAGGAUGGAGGCUACGAGUUCCAUGUUCACUUGGGCCGUGUGCCGGUAGUUUGCAGCGAAGACAGGUUCCUCGAGCUGAGCAAAUAUCGUCCCUUCAAGGUUCGCAGGGAUCCUCACUUUAGCGAAUCGUUCCGUAGCAUCGGAGCAGAGGGACUAGUGACUGCAGAAGGCCAUUGCUGGGGGAACCAACGACGCAUCAUUGCCCCCACAAUGAACAAGAAGAACGUCGAAGACUAUCUGCGAAACAUGAAGAUGAUUGCCACCAGGUUGAUUGAUAAUUGGGACAGGAGGACCGAAGACGGUUCAUCAGUAAUCAUCAAUGACGGAGUGUUCGCAAUGAUGGCAGAUAUUCUCUCCAUUGCUGGAUAUGGCAUGGACUUGGAUUUUAUCAACAAGUCUGACAGUGUUCUGGGACAAGACGUGCUUCACUUGCUUACAGCGAGCGUCUUCCGUCUCAUGGCUCCAUUUCCCUACUGGCGUAUUCCUCUCGUUGGCCAAUAUCUCGAUGGCGCUGGCUUCCGAAAAGACCGCAUCAUGAAGUUGAUUGGUUCCUAUGUGGACGAGUAUACCGGGAAUCAGGAGUCCUUGGAUGAGACACAACGCCGAACAUUCCUUGGAAAGCUCUUUGAGAGCAUGAAAGACACGAAAUCCAAGAUCACACGAGAGCUGAUGGUUGGGAAUCUGAUGACAAUGUUCAUGGCCGGCACGGACACCAACACUCAGGCGAUUUUGUUUUGUAUUUGGAAGCUCGCUGCCGAUGAAACGGGACUUCAGCAGGAGCUUUUCGACGAGGUUAGGGACUUUGACGUUGCCAGUUGUACCCAUGAAGACCUCACCACCCGCUUACCCAAGCUCAAGUCGUUUAUGCACGAGGUCCAUCGUUACUACUCUGGUUUCCCCGUUCAAAUCUUGGAGGCCAUUGAUGAGAUUGUGUUGGGUGGCAAAACCAUCCCAGCGUACACGCCUUUUCUGAUUUUGAUGCGGUAUCCAAGCAUCAACAAGGUCAACCCGUCGAAGAUGGUUCCGAUUGGACCCAAGGGGGAGCAACCAUCCGAGUUUUGUCCUCGUCGAUGGCUCGUGACGACCAAGGAUGGGGCCUUGUCGGCAAUGACACCCAACACAACCAACAAUUGUUCGUUCAUGGCGUUUGGGGUGGGAGCUCGAGCAUGCCCAGGCCGGAUCUAUUCGGAAGCCAUGACGUUCUUGACAAUCAUUAGCCUGUUGCAGAGAUUCCAGAUCAGCCUCGAAGCUGGCCAUGAACCGAUUUUCCCAGUGUUCAUGCAUAUCGACACGGUGAACCGUGACAUCAAAUUGCAGUUGAAGAAGAGGUCUGAGACCUACGUUCCUCCUUCCUUCACUGGGAUUGGUCCCGAAAACCCAUGAGACUGAAGUAGUCUGUGAAAGUUUCAUUGUUGGAGAAAGGAAGUCUUUGUUCGAGGGUAGUUAUCUUUUGUGUUGUGUGUGAACAAAGCAAUGCUGCUAUAGUAGACAAUUGCCGUAGGAGAGAAAACUAAGAGCUUGGUUCAUUAU